CGACAGCGAAGGAACGAAGAUGCCGAAGAACAAAGGAAAGGGAGGCAAGAACCGCCGCCGCGGAAAGAACGACAACGAGGAGAACAAGCGCGAGCUUGAGUUCAAGGAAGAGGGCCAGGAAUAUGCGCAGGUUGUACGAAUGCUGGGAAACGGCCGUCUGGAGGCUUACUGCUUCGACGGUGUGACGCGCCUUGGCCACAUCCGCGGCAAAAUGCGCAAAAAAGUCUGGGUGGGCGCCGGUGACAUCAUUCUCUCUCAAAGCUUACGGAGAGCUUCCGGAUAA